AUGAAUAUUCCUCAAGGUGUCUCAGCUCCAGCACCUAACCAGGUACGCAAGCUUGUGAAAUCUCUUUAUGGUUUGAAACAAGCUAGCCAUCUGAAGACUUCCUUGCAUCAGUCAUUCCAAAUUAAGGAUCUUGGUGAACUCAAAUUCUUUCUAGGGCUUGAGGUGGCUCGCUCUUUUAAAGGUAUUACACUAUGUCAACGGAAGUAUUGUCUUGAAUUACUUCAAGAUGCUGGAUUAACAGGUUGUAAACCUGCAUCUACCCCUUUAGAUGCCUCUAUUCGCCUCCAUAAUGAUAACGGUUCUUUGAUGCUGAUUAGGGAGGGUGUAUUGACACCAGGAGAUCUAUCUCUGGCUAUUGCUUCUUCAUUGGCAGGAGUGAUACGUUUGCUUCCGGUUCCUUCCCAAGCUCAGGCUGCUGACGUUUUCACUAAAGCUCUUGACCUCAUCCCUUCUUUGAGUGUCUUUGCAAGCUUCCUUUGGUCGACAUCCACCAACCUCAAGCUUGUGGGGGGAAGUGCUAAGAAAGUACUAAGAAAGUUAGGAGAACAAAGUGAAAACUGUUGUAUCAUUGAGGAGAAGAAGAAAGGGACUCUUGCUAGCAUGUUGAUGAGAGAGUUAGGAAUUAGGAUGCUACAAGAUCAGUUUAAUGUUAGAUUUUCAACAUCUCAGGUGUUGAGUUUGGUGAUGAAUAAACUCUAUAAGCAAUUUGUUGAGAAAGACAUCAAAGAGUUUGAAGCAUUCCAUGUUGCUAUUCUUGAUACCUUCAACACAAUUAACAUGGCUCUACCGGGGAAGCAUUAUGAUGCCCCGUCAUAUAAGGAUAUAAAGGAAAUUUCAAAACGUUGGGAAGAAUCUAAUGAAGAAGCUAGAAAGGAGAUGUUCAGAGACUUCGUGAAUAAGAAUGUGAAUCUCAACAAAGUAGAUGAAUCUAUGAUAAUCACUGCAAUAGUGGCACCACCAGCAGCCAUGGUGGCUAAAAGAACCGGACAAGGAACGUUCCCUUCGCUAAAAUUUAUGAAUGCCAUUCCUGAUGUUGUGUUUGUUCCUUCAGCUACUGUUUUGGCUCUCAUUGCUGUCAAAAUCCUAAGGUUAAUGUUCAUAGGCAAUGGCACGACAUCAAAGGUUGCAACAGGGUCACUUGUUGAUCAUGUAGUGCAGCCUUUAAGUGUUGAUAAUAUUCUUCCACCUGCUGCACCUGAAACUACAUCAGAUCAUUCACAGCAAGACAUAUUAAAACCCGAAUCGGAUCAUUCACAACAAGAGAUACCAAAACAUGCACCAGAUCAUUUACGGCAAGACAUACCAAAACCUGUAUUGGAUCGUUCACAACAAGACAUACCAAAACCUGCACCGGAUCGUUCACAGCAAGACAUACCAAAACCUUCACAGCAAGACAUACCAAAACCUGCACCGGAUCAUUCAGAGCAAGACAUACCAAAAACUGCAUCAAAUUAUUCACAACAAGACAAAAAUAUUAGAUACCCUAAUGUACCACUAGACCCCCUUAGCGCUCAAUCUUUAGAGAUAAAAGUCCUAAAAAAUGGACAAAGACUAAGGAUGACGAUGUUGAACACUGUUAGAAUAUCUCACAAUCACUCUAAAGAUACAAGGUGUUAG